AUGAGGGAAAAGUCGGAAUGCUUAGCAAAACGACUAGGAGAAUUCUUUCAAACCAAGUACGACUGGGAUUUGCUAGCGGCGCGAAGUAUAUGGGCGUUUGGUCCUGAUGCCACGGGUCCGAAUAUCCUGGUCGACGAUACUUUACCAUCGGAAGUGGAUAAAACGUUAUUGAACAGCGCUCGCGACGCCAUUAUUCAAGGUUUCCAAUGGGGUACUCGAGAAGGCCCCCUGUGCGAGGAACCGAUUCGAAACGUAAAGUUCAAAAUUUUGGACGCCGUAAUCGCGCAGGAACCUCUCCAUCGUGGAGGUGGUCAAAUAAUUCCAACCGCCAGGAGAGUAGCCUAUUCCGCCUUCCUCAUGGCAACGCCCAGGCUGAUGGAGCCCUAUUUGUUCGUGGAGGUUCAAGCGCCUGCGGACUGCGUUUCGGCGGUGUAUACCGUGUUGGCUAAAAGGAGAGGUCACGUGACUCAAGACGCUCCCGUUCCCGGAAGUCCCCUAUACACCAUCAAAGCGUUCAUUCCGGCAAUCGAUAGCUUCGGUUUCGAGACCGACUUGCGAACCCACACGCAAGGCCAGGCAUUCUGUCUGUCCGUGUUUCACCACUGGCAAAUCGUACCUGGUGACCCGUUGGACAAGAGUAUCACGAUUCGUCCUCUCGAGCCACAACCAGCCACACAUUUAGCUAGAGAAUUUAUGUUGAAAACCAGAAGGCGGAAGGGACUCUCGGAGGACGUGUCCAUCAACAAGUUCUUCGACGAUCCUAUGUUGCUCGAAUUAGCCAGACAAGACGUUUUACUCAAUUAUCCCCUAUAAAUGA